GGAUUGUUCAGUUAAGUGUCGUAGUCCUUGAGGCCAGUGAGAUGGCGCCGAGUCUUUUGUCUUGGACAUGUCGACUGGAACUCAGUGACUGGAAUGUACCAUCAAAGGAAGCGUGCGAAAGCGCCAAACUGGCUGAGCCACAGCAAUCUCUGCUUGACUCCUUGCAGUUGCGCUCUAGUCGCUCUGCCUCUGCACCUCAAUAACACGAUCUGUCGACAUACAUCGGGUCCAGUUCUUCUGCUAUGGGUCGAACGACGAGAUCGGUAGCUCGUGUAUACGCGGACGUAAAUGCAAAACUAGGCCCCUCGUGGUACGAAUAUGAUAACCUGCAAGUGCAGUGGGGCUCUCAGGAUCACUAUGAGAUUGUUCGCAAAGUUGGAAGAGGAAAAUAUUCCGAGGUCUUCGAAGGGGUCAACAUCGUCAAUGACGAAAAGUGUAUCAUCAAGGUCCUGAAGCCCGUAAAGAAGAAGAAGAUCAAGCGUGAAAUUAAGAUCUUGCAAAAUCUUGCGGGUGGUCCAAAUGUCAUCGCUCUCCUCGAUGUUGUGCGCGAUCCUUCCUCAAAAAUACCCAGCCUCAUCACAGAGUACAUCCACAAUGUUGACUUCAAAGUUCUAUACCCCCGAUUCACUGAUUACGAUGUGCGCUAUUACAUGCUGGAGCUCCUCAAGGCACUAGAUUACUGCCAUUCGAAAGGCAUCAUGCAUAGAGAUGUCAAGCCCCACAAUGUCAUGAUCGACCAUGAACGCCGCAAGCUACGUCUUAUUGAUUGGGGUCUCGCUGAAUUCUACCACCCACGAACGGAAUACAAUGUCCGAGUCGCCUCCCGUUAUUUCAAAGGGCCUGAGUUGCUGGUCGACUUCCAGGAAUACGACUACUCAUUGGACAUGUGGAGUUAUGGUUGCAUGUUCGCAUCUAUGAUAUUUCGCAAGGAACCUUUCUUCCAUGGACAUGAUAACUAUGAUCAACUGGUGAAGAUUGCCAAGGUCUUGGGGACUGAUGGACUGUAUCAAUACAUUGACAAGUAUGAUAUCGUCCUCGACUCUCAGUACGAUGAUAUUCUGGGAAACUUCCCACGAAAGCCUUGGUCGCGAUUCAUCACCUCGGAGAACCAACGGUUCAUUUCAAACGAGGCAAUCGACUUCUUGGAUAAACUUCUGCGCUAUGACCACCAAGAACGGCUCACGGCGAGGGAAGCUCAAGCGCAUCCUUACUUCGGUAUGUCUCCUAGUCAGCCUCCUUAUCUGCACUCAUGCAUAUGUAUCCUAGACCCUGUGAGGAGGGCGGCAUCAAAGCAGGAUGGUGAUAGUGAAGGUUCUGCCGCGUAGCAGACGGUAUCUUUUCAGUGUAUUAUUAUUGAAGCACCAGCCUCCCUCAAAACCCUUGACUUGUAUUUUCACCGUAUAGAUAGCUCGAUAAUGGAUGGGUGUGUGUUUCUAUUGUGCUACUUGUGUCAUUGACCUCUUUACAAUACUGGUAUCGUCACGUGGUAUUUCUCGGAUAUCUCGGACUCGUCAGCUGCGAGAUAACGACGUUCUCAGCUCACGCCAGGUCGAUAAAUAUGGCCUUGCGCACCAUAUGUUCAC